AUGGCAGCACCUUCAGUCCUAAUUCUUGGAGCUACCGGUUUCAUAGGUGCACCGCUCUCUCGGUUGCUCAAGAACGAGCAUCCAGACUGGUCCGUUACAGCUUAUGUACGUUCCGUAAAGGGGGCCACUGAAGAUGCGCUCAAGGCAACUCUUGGAGGAGUCGAUCACUUGGAAGUGGGCGACUUCAGUGAAUUUAAUAAGAUCAAGCACUUAAGUGCUCAACAUGAUAUUGUCAUUAACUCUGGGAAUUCCGCUACCGCCGAACCGGUGGCAGCGAUCAUCGCUGGUCUGCGUGAGCGGAAGGCACACGGAAGCAAGGGGAAAUUGAUACACAUUAGUGGUGCGGGUAACUUUAUCGACUUUGGCACCUCUGGAAAUUUCAAUCCCAGCAGUAAAGUGUGGAAUGAUGAUAACGAGGAUGAUAUAAAACAUAUCAACAAUGACAUGUUCAAUGGCCGGUCAGACGUUGCCGUUCUUGAAGCAGGUGCUACUGGAGACAUCGACACGUAUAUCGCCUGUCCAUCAGUCGUUUACGGAGGGAGCUCUACGGGCUCAAGCGGAGUUGGUGUUGGUUAUUCUCUCAUAACGGGCAAUGCAAAAUCACUUGGCUAUGUGCCUUAUGCAGGCGAUGGUACGGCCAUCCUCAGUACAACGCACGUGUCGGACCUGGUAGACUUCCUUGUUACCAUCACGAAUCGUGCCGCCGCACCGCAAGAAGCUGAAGGCACUGCAUAUUCCAGAUAUUAUCUACUCGAGACUGGACGCGUGCAAUGGAAAGCACUGGCAACCGAGUUUGCUCGCGUGCUACAUCGCGAGGACCCUACUGCAUUUCCAGCGUCGACGCCCCGGAAUGUCACGCAUGAGGAAGCAGGCGAGGGCGCACUAAGAUACCUUAUUACGUCGAAUAUGCUAUUGGAAGGCCCAAGGGCUCGACGGGCCGGAUUCGAACCCAAAGGUAAAAGCAUACUCGAACAGAUGAGCGACGAUUUGAAGGGCAUGUUUGUUUAA